GGUCCCGCGCCGGCGCCCCGGCCUCCCGGGCCGGGCGAUGGCGGCGGCGGCAGCGGCUGCGGCGGUGGCCGAGGGGCCGGAGGUCCUUCGAGAAUGCGGCUGCAAGGGCAUCCGGACCUGUCUGAUCUGCGAGCGACAGCGCGAUGGUGACCCCGCCUGGGAGCUCCCCCCGCAGAAAGCGCACCGCUUCAUCUACUGCCCCAGCAUGGGCUGGGCCGUGGGCGCCAAGGAGUCUGACUUUGAAGAGUGGGCCUUCCCCUUCCCAGGCGUGACGCUCAUAGAGGACUUCGUGAGCCGGGAGGAGGAGGCCGAGAUGGUGCGGCUGAUGGACCGGGACCCCUGGAAGCUCUCCCAGUCUGGCCGGAGGAAGCAGGACUACGGCCCCAAGGUCAACUUUCGGAAACAGAAGCUCAAGGUCGCCGACUUCACCGGGCUGCCCAGCUUCAGCCGGGAGGUGGUGCGGCGGAUGGGCCUCUACCCUGGCCUGGAGGACUUCCGGCCCGUGGAGCAGUGUAACCUGGACUACCGCCCCGAGUGGGGCUCUGCCAUAGACCCCCACCUGGACGACGCCUGGCUCUGGGGGGAGCGGCUGGUGACCCUCAGCCUCCUGUCCUCGACCGUGCUGUCCAUGUCCCGGGAGGCGUCCGGCUGCCUGCUGCUCUGCUCUGCCCCCUCCGGGUCGGCGGAGGCCCUGGUGGGGGGCGUGACAGCCUUCAGCAGGUCCGUGCUGUGCCGGGAGGUGGAGGUGGCCGUCCCCGUGCCCCGCCGCUCCCUGCUCGUGCUCACCGGGGCCGCGCGGCACCAGUGGCAGCAUGCCAUCCACCGCAGGGACGUCACGGCCCGCCGCGUCGGCGCCACCUUCCGGGAGCUGUCGGCCGAGUUCUCCUCCAGGGGGAGGCAGCAGGAACUGGGGCAGCAGCUCCUGCAGAUUGCCCUGUCCUUUCAAGGAAGACCCCUGUGAGCGGCCUCCCUGGGCUCAACCAUUCACCAAGAUCGAAGAGGGGAGCCCCGCGCAAGGGCCUCUCCCCAGGGUGCAGGUGCUGCGAGGAAGCCCCAAGCAGCGAGAGCCCUGCCAGAGCCGGUUGGGAUGGGAGUGGGGGGCACCUCAGGGCCACCCCCUGUGACCCACACUGUGGCCACGUCUUGCUUGGCUUAUUUAGUUUGUCAGUUUGGGCAGAGUGGAAUAACUUGAGCUUAAAAGUUAUUUUCAUACCACUUAAAACCAUUUUCUCCAUCGUCCAUCUCUCUUAGCAAGGUCCCCCAUAUUCCAUCCCUCGGUCCCCUUCAUUUGGGGAGCGUGUUGGAUUGGAGAAUGGAAUUGGUAGAAGACUUGAAGGUGUUGUUUCAGGCUUCGGAGCCUUGGUGGAAGCUUCUGAAUCGGGCUCAGCCUGUGUCACUGCCUGACCCCACGGGGUGGGGAUGUGACGAGGGCAGGACAGACUCUCUUGAAAGCCUGAUCCACCACCCCGACCCGCAAAUGCUAUGAAAAAGUAGAAGGAAAAAAA